AUGGUCACAGAUGACCAAGUAUAUGCAAAAGAAUGUGAAAAACUUCAAGGUACAUUAAAGAAGAGGGGUUACCCAGAAUCUUUUGUACAGAACAUUGUUUCUGAAGUGUCUAGAAAGAGGGAGAAGGGCAGGCAAGAGUCUAAGUCUUCAUAUACUUUAAGUCCUUCUGGUAAAAAUAUAUUUAGUUUAGGAGGAAACUGGAGAUUAGUAAAAGAGCUAAAGAAAGCUCAAAUUAAAACUCAAGAUUCCAACAGGCCUAUGCUUGCCCAAGAGUCUGCUGAGAACCUGAGGACUUUGGCUUUCUCUGAAAACCCAAGCUUACAACAAUCAGCUGCUCUUUAUUAUCUGCACCUUAGCCAGAAAUUGACCACACCUCUCCCUGCGGACUACUUAGAACCUUAUCAUGCAUUGCUGCAGUCUUCUGAUCUAGAAGUUCAGCGGAUGUCUUCACUAUCUCUUGUUAAUCUUUUGGUUGAUGAAAACGUGAACAAGGAACUAGUAGUACAGCUGGGUCUGCUGGAACCAAUGUUGGAGCUACUUGAGUCAGGUGACUCUGUCAUUCAGUGCAAUUCCUGUGCUUGUGUCGCAACCUUAGCUACCUCAGAAUCAAACAGAGAAGCAAUCAUUUCAGCAGAAGGAAUCAAGACACUCCUGGUUCUUUCAAAGUCGUAUGACCCUAGGAUCCAACAGAAUGCAAUUGGAGCCAUUUUGAACCUCUCUCGAUCUGAGAAGGCCCGGUUUGUCCUCCAUAAUGAAGGGGCUGUUCCCGUGCUUGUCUUGCUGCUACAGUCAGACGAUUCAGAAGUUCAGUAUUACAGCUCUGCUGCCCUCAGUAAUAUAGCAACCAACCCAUUACACCAUCAAGCAAUGCUUCAAGUGGGCAAUGGAUUUCUUCUAAAAAUGUUGCAAUCUCUAAUGUCUUCAUCUGUGGAGAAGGUAUCUUGCCAGGCAUGUGUUUGUCUUAGGAACUUGGCUGUUGAUGGUAAAACACAAACAGAAUUAGUAGCCAUGAACAUUCUUUGUCAGGUGAAAUCUCUGCUCACAUCUUCCAGUGAAGCUAUAGCUGAAGCAGCAGUUGGACUUCUUUGUACCUUGUCAGUUCAUCCAUCUAACAAGCAUCCUAUAAUAUGUGAAGAUCUCCUGGAGAGCUUAGCAUUGCUGCUGCGGUCUCACAGAACAAAGCCUGCCAUUGUUGGCCACGCGGCUAGCACUAUUAAAAACCUGAGUGCCUCUGACUUUGUGCAGGACAUAAUCGAGAGCUCUGUCGUGGAAGGAUUAUUCCAUAUACUCCCAUAUAAGGAUGUACCGGAAGAAUGUUUGGUGUAUGUGACUGCCUGUAUUUCAGAACUGAUUACACAUGGACAAAUAAAGUCACAUGCUGUGAAGCAAGUAGAUUCCUGCACAAUCAUAACUCUGUUGAAUAUGGCUAGGCAGCAGAAAAACACUGAAAUGGCAUUUCAAGCAGUUUUUAUAAUCAGCCAUCUUGGACCAAAUGAACACACAUGGCACCUGUUGAAGAUGCAUAUGGGAGAAGUCCUAGGAUAUAUUCUGCAGUUUCUAAAGCAGCAGGAGAUCAGAUUUCAGCAUCUUGGCCUUUUCUCUUUGUGUGCCUUCAGUGCAGAUGCAGAGUUUUCUUUAGCUGUCAGUCAAAGUCCAUUAGCAGAUCAGCUUUAUAAAAUUCGUCAGCAGACAGAAGAAACACAGGAGCUUCUUCAGAGAGCCAUGACUCAAACAGCACAUAUGGAUCAUUCCUAAUAUCUACCUCAAUAAUCAGACAAUUACAGAACUUUUUAAAGAGUAAUGUAAUAUUAAAGUGUAGGUUGUAUUUUAAAUGUUAUCAAUGAAUUUAUAUUUUCUAUGUGAAGGAAUUGAAAAAAAUGUAAUGCUAUGUCUGUUUGAACUAUCUUGUGUAUUUUGUUUAACAGUUUUUAUUACUACCUACAUACAAUAUCUAAAUCAAUGCCACUCCAAAUUAAAUCUCCUUACUAACCUGAAACUAACCUACUUAACAACUUGUAUUACAUUAAAACCACAUUUAUAAAAUAAUAUAAACCUGGUUGUGUGAGAUGUUGAUCUUGACUUACUCUCAUACCUUUCCAAUAAUGUAACUAACUUUGUACAUUAUUUGAAAAUGACAGACUUCUUUUUAGAUUUUACAAUUGUUGCAUUAGUUUCAGUUUGACAUACUGCAGUGGCUAACCUUAAAAAUCCUUCAAAACAAAAAAAUAAAUCUCCAAAAUGAAGAACA